UGUUGCCCCCAAAGAUUUGCGUCCUGUAGUCCUGUAGUGCGAGAUGGUCAGCAACGUAAAUGAACAAGCGAUUGAGGCGACAGCCAAUCAGAGAGCUAGGUGAGAGAAAGGUAAAGAGACAAACAUGUAGACGGAGACAGAGUUGCUGAGACAGUUUAUCUGAGAAAAGAUCUCUCUUGUGACAGUGCUUUAAAAUUCAUUUUUUCACAAAAGUCCUUGGUAAAUCUUUGGCUUCAUGUUAGGUCAGAGUACCCUGAUCUUUCAGACAAGGCAGUGAGAUUCCUGAUGCCGGAUCCCACAACGUAUCUCUGCGAAACUGGAUUUUCUAUGUUGGUGGUACUCAAGACCAAAUACAGGAAUACGCUUAAUGUUGAGCCAGACAUCCGUUUGCAACUUUCUGCACUUCAACCUGACAUUCACCACUUGGUAGCUGGCAAACAACAUCAGCCAUCUCAUUAGAUACAGAGAUCGAUUGGAAAGCCUACAUGGAUGAGGUUGAGGGUGUCAUCAAUGGCACGUAUGACUACACGCAGCUGAAAGGCGACACCGGACCAUUGGUGUAUCCAGCAGGUUUUGUGUACAUAUUCACUGCACUUUAUUAUAUUACGGACCAUGGGCUGAAUAUCAGGCUGGGUCAGUAUGUGUUUGCUGCUUUCUACCUCAUCACCCUCCUGCUGGUCUUCCGAAUCUACCACCGCACUAAGAAGGUCCCGCCAUACGUUUUCUUUUUUGUGUGUUGUGCAUCCUAUCGGAUCCACUCCAUCUUUGUGCUCCGUCUUUUUAAUGACCCUGUGGCCAUGAUGCUGCUGUUUGGAGCAGUCAACCUCUUCCUCGAUGCGCAGUGGACACUGGGCUGUGCCCUCUACAGUUUGGCCGUGUCUGUGAAGAUGAACGUGAUGCUCUUCGCUCCAGGACUCCUCUUCCUUCUCCUCUCAGAAUUUGGAUUGAUAAGGACCCUGCCCAAGCUCAUCCUCUGCGCUGUCAUCCAGCUAUUCCUAGGUUUGCCUUUCCUCUUAGUGAAUCCACUGGGUUAUGUGAGCCGGGCGUUUGAUUUGGGUCGUCAGUUCCUGUUUAAGUGGACAGUAAACUGGCGCUUCCUACCAGAGGAGAUUUUCCUUAGCAGGUAUUUCCAUCUGGCCCUGCUGUUCGCUCAUCUGACCACACUCAUCUUCUUUGCUCUGAAGAGAUGGAAGAGGUCUGGUUGCAGUAUUUGGGCUCUUCUGAAAGAUCCAUCUGAAAGGAAGGAGACGGCACAGAAGCUCACCGCUGAUCAGAUCGUCCUGGUUCUUUUCACUUCCAAUUUCAUCGGGAUGUGUUUCUGUCGUUCGUUGCAUUAUCAGUUCUAUGUUUGGUAUUUCCACACCCUACCUUACCUGCUGUGGAGUGGAGGGGUGAAGAAGCUCGCUCACCUGCUCAGAGUGUUGAUACUGGGCCUGAUAGAGUUGGCCUGGAACACAUACCCCUCCACCACGUACAGCUCUGUGUCUUUGCACGUCUGUCACCUCAUCAUACUGCUGUGUCUGUGGUUGAACCCCACCCCAACCCCUCAGGCCCUGCAGACAGAGUCCCAGAACAAGGCCAAGCACCACUGAGCCCUUUUUACACUAGAGUCCUCCCUGUGCAGGGCGUACGGGGGCCUCUACACCCUGCUUCUGGUCCUUCCCCAUCAAUGCCUCCAAUGCUGUGGGCAGAGACGCAGUGGAGGGGUAUCAGUCUUACCAGCUUAAACUGUACCUGCCAUGGAUUCAGCCUGUGACAUCUAAGAGGUGUGAGGGGGUUGAGAUGUCAGUAAAGCUGUGCACUGUGCAGGGAAAAUUGGGAUAGGAAAACAAAGAUUCUCAGGAUUUUAAAAGGACUAUGUGCUAAAGGACUUGGAACCUGGAAAUGAAAAUGUGAACAUUGUGUGGAUCAGCAGUGUAAAGCAAGUUUGAACCUUGAGACACUUUUCCUGGACAUGGACUCGAGCAAGUCAUGGACUAAACUGAAAUGUCAGUCGGGAUUCACCUUUGAAAGGCCUUCUUAGUCUCCACUUAAAGGAAUACUCCAACACUUUUCAACCUAAUCUGCAUAAUCUGUAGUUGAUUACCAUAAAGUAAUUUUGACAUAUGGUCUGGAAUAAACAACAGAAAACCUGUUGAUUUGAGUAAGGCAGUGAGGCAGUGGGCAGGUACUUCAGUCCAUUAACUAAAAACACUUUUCACUUCAGUCGGAAUUUUCUGUAGGGAUAUGACCCUCUACCAUGGAAAUGCAAUUGUUGAUUGAAAAAUACUGGAACAAAAUUUUGGCUCAUGUAUCUAGGAGCAUCAACAUGACCUGAAGAGACCACUGGUGUUGCUUACAUGGAGAUACUAUAAUGCAUUGUUUAAAGCAGAGGUUGCCAAUGUUCUUAUAUCUGUCUUUCUUUAAUUACAUCAAGUUAGAUUUGGUCUGCAAUUGCAGGCGCCCCCUGUGAGGUUGGUGAACGUCAACAGACAUGGGCCGUGGUCAGCCAUGUACCAUACGUCUGAUUAGAGUAUAAUGUUGUAUUCUUUGUGAAGGUGUAGACGUAGCAGUCGUCAAUGGGCCGACAGGACUAUGACUGAUAUAAUAAGUAGAUGUGAAGGGGAGAGAGUGAAUGCCUUUUGGACUCUGCAAUAACUCCCUCCUAUUACUUGUUCUGCAGCAUAUGUGACAUUCAUUACAGUUAAAGCUGCAGUCCAGGGUUUCAGAAAUUCUGAAAAAUGUUAGGCUGAGUUGUUUUACUGCAAGAAUCCAAGAACAACAUUUGAAGGUUAUCUUUCAGUUUAACCUGUUUGACUCUUAGCAGGGUGUGGUACUUCUCAAAUUAGGAUUUAAAUGGUCUUAUUUUGUUCUGAAAUAAAUAUAUGCAUUAUAUAGCUAUAUGUAUGUAUUAUGCAUUUGGUAUAUUUAAGAACUGCUCUACAAAUCUGAUUGUAGCUCUAAAUGCUUUCUUUCUGUCACAUCAUUGGUCAGGGAUAUUUUAUUUUAUUGUUGACUUUUAACAUUUGCUCCAAAUGUGACAAACUUUGGCCAAACAAAACUCAUUCAGGAAUACAGCAUACAGGGCACAAAAAGAGCAUAGAUUCUUCUAUUGCUGUGGUGUUUUUCAGCAGGACUUUUUUUUUCUUAAUCAAUUACAGACCGAACUCUGUAUGUUGUGACGUUUUCCAUUCUUUUUGUCUUUCUGUUCUGAUUUCUUCAGUUUGUGUUUUGUUUUCUGUUUCUUUUUCUAGAGUUGUGCAAAUCAUGUGACCUCUAAGCAGUUUAGUUUAUUUUUCUGUGAAGAGUUGAUCUUCACAUUAUUGCAGUCUUUUUCUGUUCUUUUAUGGCAUGAUCUCUUACUUAUAUACUGACGGCAGCUGCAGAUUCACCCAGAGCAGCAUUUUAUCUGGUAAAUGUGUCAAAGCUUGAAAAUAAAAUUCAAAUUUUGGUACAAA